UCGCACCCUUAAAUAAUAUUUUAUUAAGAUAUUAGAGAACUAUGUUUUGAGUUGUUUUAUCAAAAUUGUACAAAAAUAUAUGCUUUUUCAUAUUUGUCACGAAAAUUUAUAUGCUAAGGUCACCAUUUGUUAUAUGAUACUUAUGUAUUAGUAAAAUCGUCUAGUUGCUCGGCACAAAAAAAAACGAUGAUUUUGAAUUUUGGGACUCCAUCUCUUCUGAUAUAUGCUGGCAGAAUAAAUCAACAUAAAUGGCAUAUGAUAAAAUCAUGAAUCCCCACUAUUGUUCCCAUAUGAAUCAACAUUAAUAUUUGACAAAAGAAAAUGAAUCAGCAUUCAUAGAUUAUUAUAUUAUCAACAUGAACCCCCAUCAUAUCAUAUAAUAAUAUUAUAUGUUCGUUGGAUAAAAUCAACAUCUAUAGAUUUGUAUAGCAUCAAUAUGAAUCCGCAUUAAGUAUAAACCAUAUAGAAUCGAUGUAGGAUAUAACGCUAUAAUUGAUCAGUUAUAAUGUAUAUAUAUAUAUAUGCAAGAUGGAAUCAAGAUUAAAAGAUUAUUUUAUGAUCGAAUAUGAAUCAUUGUCCUGCAAUACUACUAACUCGCCAUUCCUAACUUAACAAUAGAAUCUCCAUACUGCGGACCAAUUCUAAGUUCUCACGAUAAUAUAAUAGUAAAUGCAUGUUGGGUAGUACUAGUAGUGCUUGGUCGACUAAACAUAAUCGAUUAUAAUAUUUGAUAAUAUCAAGCAAUUUGGUAAAAUAAAAUUAUAUAUAUUGAUGACUCUUCCGUCCAACUAAUAUACUGGAGAAACAUAAAAUCCCAAUUAUAUUCUAUCGAACAAAACCUAUAAAUAUAUAUUACGUGUCUUUUUCAAAUCAAUAAGACCUUUUUGUCGUUUCUAAUUUACAAAAAAGAAAGAGGAAAUUAUUAUAGUUUUAUUUUCCUCAUUUUAUUAGGUUAUCCAACUACCCACCUCCCCAAAACUAUUGGAGGAUCCAAGUCUUCUCCCUCUCAACCACAAAGCUACAUUUCUUUUGCAGAAAGAUAUGGACCUUUAUGAUAGUAUAUAAAUACAUAGAUUCCAUUCUCAUUAUAGCUUAUUCUGUUCACUCCGUUAUUGAUAACUUAUAGCUAUACGUCGUUCUUUAAAUCACAGAUUCUAUAAAACAUAAUACGAAACUUGGGUUAGAUUACUGUGAAGGAUAAAUUAAGAUUGAUUUAAAUGAGCACAGAUCAAUUAUAUAAGAAUCUACUACAUCUUAGUUCAUAUUAAUGAUAAUUAAUACCCCACUGAUUAUGACAUGUUUCCCCUUUUGAUUUUUAGUGUAAGCUCGCCUUCUUAUUGGCUAAAAUUAGAAAACACCAACUUGGACUACAUAAUCUAAAUUGUGAAAUCCUCUAAUAAAUAAACUUGGUCUAUCCAAUCAUAUUAUCUCUCUAUGCUCUCCACCAUUUUACAUAAACCCCCAAAUCUCUCUUCAUCAACAUCAUCUCUAUUUCUCUCUCUCGUUCAUUGUAAUGGGCAGAAGAUGCUCACACUGUGGAAACGUAGGACAUAACUCAAGGACAUGUUCUUCUUACAAAACAAGAGUCAUUAGGCUCUUUGGUGUUCAUGUAGACGCUAGAGGCUCUUCUCCGCCACCUCCUCCUCCUCCGCCGUCGUCACUUUUAGCCGCUGCAAUGAAGAAAAGCUUUAGCAUGGAUUGCCUGCCCGCAUGUUCUACCUCUUCCUCUUCCUUCGCCGGUUAUCUCUCCGACGGUCUCACCCACAGAACACCCGACCGCAAAAAGGGGGUUCCAUGGACGGAGGAAGAGCACCGUACAUUUUUAAUUGGAUUAGAAAAGCUUGGAAAAGGAGAUUGGAGAGGAAUCUCUAGAAACUUUGUCGUCACAAAAUCUCCGACACAAGUGGCAAGUCAUGCUCAAAAAUACUUUCUCCGUCAGGCCACCACUCUCCAUCACAAGAGACGCCGCACCAGUCUCUUCGACAUGGUUUUCGCCGGCAACUUUGAAGAAAAUAGUACAAUUCCAGGUAAUGAUCGUAUUGGUUCGACCACAGAUGUUGUUUGGAAACAAGGAUCAGUCAAUCCUUGUCUUGGAUAUCAAGAUCCAGAAGUAUCCGAGCCGGGUGACUCGGGUGAACUUGAUCUUGAUCUGAAGCUUGCGUCUCUUCGGACUUCCGAAUCGAAUAUUAGACCCAUCAGCGUUACGUGAAAAAACAUAUAACACGUUUAAAAUGGUUUAAUUAGUAUAUAACUAUAAUGUUCACAUAUACUAUAUUAAUCUUCGACCCUGUCUAGUUCGAUGUUGAUCCAUUUUAGUAACUCUGAUAAUUUGGUUGAUAUUAUUUGAAUAUUGUGAGAUAUUUGCAUUGGAACAACACUGUUAUUAUAAACGUAAUUGCCGUUAAGCUUA